CACAGCUAACACGGGUGUACUUAAUUUCACAUCAAUGCUUUCUAAACACGAGUUUAGCUUGUGAGAGGACUCCCCAGACGACUUGCUAAUACUAAGACCUCCAAGAGCACCAACUCGGACUUGUGUGUGAAAUCAGAGUAGACGCGAACAAGUCCGGUGACGUCACUCUUUUACAGGUCGGUCAACUUCUGCCCAACCAGUUUGACGGCUGUACUGCGUGAGGGAAGUGAAGCGUUGCGGUGGCGCUGUGGAUCAUGCUCAUUUCCUGACUCAACUAAAGGCUUGAAUAUGUUUCGCAAAGAAAAGCGCUCAGCACCCACUGUUCCCUCACUUCCACCGAGAUUGCCCACAGUUCCAUCACUUCCACCGAGAUUGCCCACAGUUCCAUCACUUCCACCGAGGCCCAAUGAACAGGAUCUGGACAAUCCAAUCACACACAGCUCUGAAGUACAAGACUCAGGCGGAACCCAGCAGACACCCUCCACGGUUGGCAAAAGUGCCACUGAAGACUUGCCAGAUGUAGGAACAAAUCCCACACCGAACCCUGGUAUGCUUAAAGGGGUCAUGCAGAAGGUAAACCCAUUCAAGACUUCCUCUCAAGUCCCUGAAACUGGAGGGUCUGAGUCAUCAGGACAGCACCCGGGAAUGUUUAAAGGGAUGAUCCAGAAAGUCAAUCCAUUCAAGUCUUCAACACAGGCACCAAAGCAUGAGCCUCAGGAUGCAGAGCCCCAAGAGCCCAGAGACGAAUUCAAUGAAAAAGAGAAACCAGGAAUGAUGGCAGGUGUAUUACAUAAAGUCAAUCCAUUCAAGUCUUCAACACAGACACCAAAGCAUGAGCCUCAGGAUGCAGAGCCCAGAGAUGAAUUCAAUGAAAAAGAGGUACCGAAACCAGGAAUGAUGGCAAGUGUAUUCAAAGUCAAUCCAUUCAAGUCUUCAACACAGACACCAAAGCAUGAGCCUCAGGAUGCAGAGCCCAGAGAUGAAUUCAAUGAAAAAGAGGUACCGAAACCAGGAAUGAUGGCAAGUGUAUUCAAAGUCAAUCCAUUCAAGUCUUCAACACAGACACCAAAGCAUGAGCCUCAGGAUGCAGAGCCCGGAGAUGAAUUCAAUGAAAAAGAGAAACCAGGAAUGAUGGCAGGUGUAUUACAUAAAGUCAAUCCAUUCAAAUACUCACAGCCAAAGGACACGCAGCCUCUCCAGCGUGACGUCUCAUCCAGCGAAGAAAGCCUGGUCGAUAACAACAACUUGCCUGAGAAGCCGAAGAGCAGAGGGCUGAAGGGGUUUAUGCACAAAGUCAUACCAUCAAGGUCGAGCACACCGAUGUCACAAGAGGAUACUGUGGACUCUGAUACAUCUCUGAAGCAGGAUGUCCAACCAUUGGCGUGCAGCUCUGAGAGUUUAAAUGAUGGCGCAGUAGAGACACAUUCUGUUUGGUACGUAGAUGAUCCCAGCAACUGUGAGUUGAAAACUCAGCCAAAUGAGAAAAGAAAGACCUUCAGAAUCAAAAGAAUUAUUCCAAGUGGGCUUUUUCGAGCAAAGGACUCAAACGCAUCGGCCGACACACAGCCUUUGCCACAGGAGGUGGAGGUCCAAACACUGGAGAUGGUUGAAAUGACUGCACUCAAUGAUGGAAGCUCCUUAGACCCUUUGGAGGAUGAAGAUGGACUACUGGCAUGGUGGAGAACAGUCGAUGGCUGGACUGAGUGGAACGAGGCCACCCAGAAUAAUGACGCUGAGGAGAUAGUGGAACAAGCGGCCGAUCGUGUCUUCAUGGCGGCUCGGCUCUUUGUUCGCCUUUUCAACCAUCGUGGCGCUUCUCUGCAGCAGCGCAUCCUGGAGCUCGUCACGCUGGCUGACGCCGCUGACAACUUUCACAAGAAGACUGUUAAGGCCAGCAUCGGUGGUGGUGUGGCCAGCGUGGCAGGCUCUAUUACCACCAUCACCGGUCUGAUCCUGGCCCCGUUCACGGCAGGAACGUCGCUCAUUGUCACAGCUGUGGGUAUCGGCGUUGCCACAGCGGGUGGCGUAGCCUCUGCCUCCGCCAACAUCACAGACACGGUGCAUUCGAAGACGGAUCGUAAGAAGGUGGAAAAAAUGAUCCAAGACUACCAGGAGCAGAUCAAUGACAUCAAAGAGUGUCUGGAGUUCUUGCAGGAAGGGAUGGACACUCUUGAGGAGUGGAACUUUGAGCAGUACGCCGAGAGCAUCUCCAAAAAACAUCUCAACCAGAACGUCAAACAUGUCAUGAAGGAGGGCGGCCGGGCUGGCAAAGCUUUGGUCAUUAACACAGAAAGCCUGAUCAACACUGUCCAGGUCCUCAGUGUGGCGGGUGGUGCUGCCAAAGCAGCCCAGGCGAUGAGCAUCACCACUGGGGUCAUGUCGGGCCUCUUCCUGGCACUAGAUCUCUUCUUCUUGGCCAAGGACUCUGCAGAGCUGAAAAAGGGUGCCAAGACUGAGUUCGCCGCGAAAAUCAGAGAAGUUUGCAAAGACCUACAGGAUGGACUCCUGGAGCUGAACCGCAUCAAGGAAGAGCUGCAGAAGACGAUGGAUGGCAUCGAGGUGGAAGUGGAAGAAGAGGACGAGGAGAUUUUGAAGUCUGAUCUGAAGAAACUCAUUGAGCUGGAAGAUUGACGAAACCAAAUCAAAUGCCUUAAUCCUGUUCUUGAUUUUAACCAGGUAAUGGCAUUGUAGAACCUCUGACUAGUUCAAUGUUUUAAAUAUGCAACUAUUUAUAUUUUAAUAUUCUGAUUGUGUAUUUCAUUUGUUUAGUUUCUUUCAACAAAAUGUGCUAAAUUAAAGUGCCUCAGCCAGCA